GCUGCGCGAGAUUGCGACUGCGUCGCUCAUCGAGGCGACGGCGCAGGCCAGGAUGGAGAGAGCAGCGGAGUCGAGAGCGGCCCUGGUGCUGGAGGACUUGAAGCUCGAGAUCGGCGAUCUUGUGAACUUCUGCAAACCCGGCAAGGCCCCGAAGGGCGCGCCGACGUGGAAGGGCCCAGCAAAGGUGGUGUCAGCGGCCGCGCCAGAGUCGGGCUCGCUGACACUCCAGUGGCAGGGUCGAGACAUGACGAUCAAGGCCACUGCCAUCAGAAGGGCGAUUUUGAUCACCUACGCCGCGUCGUUCGUGUCGAAGGAAAGCGAUCCAGCUCGGGUGCCCCUCGACUUUGCGCGCGAUAUCGGCGGGGGCUUCGAGCGCCCAGGCUGGGCGAGUGCCUCAGAAUGCGAGUCGUUGACGAAGGUGUCUCAGAAAGGCCCCAGAGUGGUGGCGGCCAUGCUGCAGGUAGCCUCGUACGGCUUGCAUCUCAAUGGGGCUGUGGCGGCACGAGUUGACAGAAAGGUGCCGACGCUGCCUGGGCUGCGCGACUUCGAGUUCCGCGCGACGCGCCGGUGGAUGCCGAGGAGACAAGGCAAGGACGACACGGGCGUGGAAGCGGAGUCUAACGAGGAGGCAGAUGAGGAGGACAGUCUCGAGAAGCUAUACUCGGUCGAGGCACUCUGGUCGAUACCGAAAGAAGGCAAGGAAAUACCCAAUGAGAACGAUGUCCUGGAAUUGGUGAGGUAUCUGACGGAGGAGCCGGACACCUCGGCCAUCGACAGGAGUGACGUGAUCACGGACUACGAUGUCAUGGAGGCCUGGAUGACUCAGGACGACAACUACGGCAAGCUGACUACGGAGAUUGCGGAGUCUCUGCAGCCCGAGAAGGUUAUGCAUAUUGUUUUCGCAGCAGGGGCAUGGAAGAUGCUAAACGAACCCUACGUCGCGGGAGAUCCCAGACACGACGACGAUGUGGUGAUUCUCACCUUUUACGGGAACGGUGCCGCGAAGGCAAAGAUGGAGCGCGACGACAACAUCCUGACGCCGGUCGAAAAGAUAGAACACCGAGAAGCAUUACGAGCCGGGCGUCUCAAGGUGUUGCGCCACUGGGCAGGUUUCAAGGCCAUGUCCAGGAUUUCGCGGAGAAAUGCCAAGAAUCUCGUCGGCGCGAA